GGGGGGGGGGCAGCGUCGUCCGGAAUUCCGAGGAAGGAAGGCAGAGGCCACCCCCAAUCCGGAUUAUUGGAGGGGAGAGAGACCCCCAGUUUGGUGGGGGGAGAGCUGGGCGUUGAGCGUCCCCCGCAGCGGCCGCUGCCUUCAGCCGAAGGAUAUCUGCCGGCUCUCCCCCUCCAGCCAGGACGACUCCAACGACCAAGGCCAGGGUCCCCUGUCCUUCAGACUCUGCACCCCCUCAUCCUGGCUCUGGGGCUGGCCCAGGGAGGAUAUCCUGCCCACUUCCCGCCUCUGCCUUCCAGAGGGUCUGUCCUUCCACGCCCCAGACAGAGUAAGGGGCUUGGGCUGCUUGUGUCCCGCUGCAAGGGCAGGGUCUCUCUGUUGAGGGGGAAGGGCCUGGCCAGCUGCAGUUUCUUUUCUCCUGAGCUCCCCAUCUCUGUCGCUGCUCCCUGCAACUCCCACCCUUCCGUAUUUAUUUCCCUGGCCCCCUGCCAGCCCCUCCAUCUCUUUCUCUGGGAUUCAGGCCUCCUGUCCUGACAUGGAGAGUAACCUGUCUGGCCUGGUGCCUGCUGCUGGGCUGGUUCCUGCGCUGCCUCCCGCCGUGACCCUGGGGCUGACCGCAGCCUACACCACUUUGUAUGCCCUGCUCUUCUUCUCGGUAUAUGCCCAGCUCUGGCUGGUGCUUCUCUAUGGGCACAAGCGUCUGAGCUAUCAGACAGUGUUCCUGGCACUCUGUCUGCUCUGGGCUGCCUUGCGCACCACCCUCUUCUCCUUCUACUUCCGAGAUACCCCCCGAGCCAACCGUCUGGGACCCCUGCCCUUUUGGCUUCUCUACUGCUGCCCUGUCUGCCUGCAGUUCUUCACCCUGACACUUAUGAACCUCUACUUUGCCCAGGUUGUGUUCAAGGCCAAGGCGAAGCGCCGGCCGGAGAUGAGCCGAGGCUUGCUGGCUGUCCGAGGGGCCUUCGUGGGGGCCUCGCUGCUCUUUCUGCUGGUGAACGUGCUGUGCGCUGUGCUGUCCCGCCGGCGCCGGGCACAGCCCUGGGCCCUCCUGCUGGUGCGAGUCCUGGUGAGCGACUCCCUCUUUGUUAUCUGCGCACUCUCUCUUGCCGCCUGCCUCUGCCUUGUCGCCCGGCGGGCACCUUCCACCAGCAUCUACCUGGAGGCCAAGGGGACCAGUGUGUGCCAGGCAGCUGCGAUGGGUGGUGCCAUGGUCCUGCUCUACGCCAGCCGGGCCUGCUACAACCUGGCGGCCUUGGCCUUGGCCCCCCGGAGCCGGCUGGAUGCCUUUGAUUAUGACUGGUACAACGUCUCUGACCAGGCGGACCUGGUGAAUGACCUGGGGAACAAAGGCUACCUGGUGUUUGGCCUCAUCCUCUUUGUGUGGGAGCUGCUGCCCACCACCCUGUUGGUGGGCUUCUUCCGGGUGCACCGGCCCCCGCAGGACCUGAGCACCAGCCGCAUCCUCAACGGGCAGGUCUUUGGCUCCCGUUCCUACUUCUUUGACCGGGCCGGGCACUGUGAGGACGAGGGCUGCUCCUGGGAGCACGGCCGUAGUGAGAGCACCAGCAUGUCGGGCAGCCUGGGCUCCGGCAGCUGGUAUGGCGCCAUCGGGCGGGAGCCGGGCUGGUGCGGAGGCAGCCAGACACGGACCACUCCUCUGCUCUUCUCCCAGGUGCUGGGACCAGGUGGCCACCACCACAGUCUCUACUCCACCCCACAGACGUGAUCCCCUCCCACUCUCCCCGCUAGAACCCCCAGACCCUAGUCCUCCCAUCCCAGGUCCCUGUGCCAAGUUCAUCUGCCGCUUCUUGCCCAGGAUCAUGAGAGGCUGUGGCCGCCUCUGCCCCUGGCCGGCUCCUUGCUACUCCUGUCAUAGUGAGCUUGUGCUGUCCCCUAGGAUGGGGGGGCAUGGCCUGGCUGCCAGAUGCCCACAGCACCUUGGCAUGACCUGCCAUCUCCACUUCUGCACUGGAGCCACCUACCUCUCCUGCACCUGUCACUCAAUAAACAGUGUCCGUGCCCCUUGUC